GCUUGUUGCUAUGGAUACGAGGCUUUGUUUACUGACAGAAGAGUUCUGGGGGACGUUUUUCUUUUUAGCCAUGGACUCAAAGGUUCAUUUGGAAAUUGUUGGCUUAAUUAAAGACCGUAACUUCCAUAUUGCCAAAAGUAUUGCCGAGGGACUAAAGCAGAAGUUUCCUGAGGCAUUUCUGGAUCCACAAAUCCAAUCAUUGCUCGAAAUUGACUGGCACACUUAUCUGUGCAACAAGAAAAGUGAACUGCGUGGUGAAGUCUGGCAGUACUCCAGCAGCCUGAUGUGCUUUCUGAAUGGCCUUCUGCUUGGUAAUGAGAAGGAUCUUGCCAAAUGGGCCAAAAGUCAGUGGGGCUUCACAUUCUCUCGACCGCAGGCCUUCUAUAUGGCUCUCACUGCAGACUACUACACCAAAUACCUCCAGCAAACUGGGCAUCAGUUUGCCUUCAUGGAUAUUGAGAUAGCAGAAGAAGCAGCAGGGAGGUUGUUGUUUGAGCUGUUCUCAGAUGUUUGUCCAAAGACAUCAAAGAACUUUGAGGCUUUGUGCACAGGAGAGCGAGGACUGUCACCGAGUGGCCUAGGGCUCUGCUACAAGGGCUCUCUGUUUCAUCGUGUGGUGCCCAAUGGCUGGGUGCAAGGUGGAGAUAUUUCUCCAGAAAAGAAGGGCGAUGGAGGAGAGUCAAUCUAUGGACCAACUUUUGAGGAUGAGAAUUUUGCUGUUUCCCAUUGUAAGCGGGGCACUCUAGGAAUGGCCAAUAAGGGCCCCCACACCAACGGAUCCCAGUUCUACAUCACUCUGCAGCCAACGCCUUGGAUGGACAGGACUUAUGUCGCCUUUGGACAAGUGGUUGAAGGUGUCGACAUCCUCAGGAGAUUAGAAGAUGCCCUGACUUGCAAUGAAAGACCCAAGUAUGAAUGUAAAGUUACAAAUUGUGGAGUAUUAAAGCUAUAGCUAAACAUUU